AUGAUUGGAUUUAGUCUAACUGAGAAACAAAAGGCUCUGCGUGAGGAGUCUGGCAGAGUUGGGAGAGAAAUUCUCUCACCUGCAAGGGCAAUAUAUUCUCAAUAUAGCGACCAAGAAUCCCGAUUCCAAGCCACUAUUCCAUUCUACCAAAAACUUGUGAAAGCGGGUUUUGUGAAAGCUCAGGUUCCAACGGCACUUGGUGGAAGCAAUGAAUCGUUCAUAGAUGGCGCAAUUGUUGCUGAAGAACUCUAUGCAGUUGAUUCGAGCAUCAUGCUUCAUGUGCUUGGCACAGGGCUUGGGUUAAUGCCUCUGAUUCUCGGCGGAACACCAGAGCAGCACAAGAGGUUUCUUGCUCCUUUCCUCACUUGUGAUGGUGAUCCUCUUGCAAGUUUAACCCAUUCCGAACCUGGAGGCACUGCCAAUUGGCUUGAAAAGGGUGGCAAAGGACUAGAAACUACUGUGAGAAAAGAAGGCGACUAUUAUAUUGUAAAUGGAAACAAGUUGUGGACUACCAACAGCGCUGGCUGGGAUGGCAAGGGUGCUGCUCUCUCAUGCCUCUGCUGUCGGUAUUCUGAGGAUGGUGGACCUCAAGAUCCCCAGGAUGAUCCUGCGUCAAACAUCAUCGUUCUUCUGGUUACACGGGAUACAGUGGCUCAGAACGACCCUGGAGCCUAUCAAAAGAUUGAAGAGCCGAAUCUUAUGGGUCAUAUCGCCGCCUCUGGCCCACUGACUAGGUACACCAACUUCAAGGUUCCGGUUACAGACGUAUUGUCACCGGGGAAUGGCGCAUCCGUUAUCGAGCGCGCAUUUAGCAUGUCUGCUGCACUGGCAGGUGCUAUGGCUGUUGGGACGAUGCGUGCGGCCUUCGAGGCAGCCCUGAAAUUUGCCCGAGAAGACAGCCGCAGAGGCACUGUGCCUGUUAUAGAGAGACAAAGCGCAGCCGAUUUGCUAAUCAACGCCAAGCUCAAGAUUGAUACAUCCCGCAUUCUCGUCUGGAAGGCCCUUGACGGGGUAGAAAAAGGAACAGGAGACGACAGAAGCCGAUAUGAAGCUUGCUUGCAGGCCAAGGUGUACUGCAGUGAUCAGGCCGUGGCUGCUGUCUGGGAGACGAUGCAGUUAGUGGGAAUAACAUCUUAUCGAACCGAUUCAGACUUCCCCAGAUUGUUGAAUGACGCUGCUGUGUUCUCCCUCUUCGAUGGAGGGAAUAUUGGAGUCCGACGGAGGCAGCUUCAGCGGUUGAUGCAGGCUGAAGACUAUCAGCCAUGGGCAAGCUUAUGGUGA